AUGGCGGAUACUAACAUGACGGAGACAGAGAGCUCACUCGAACAAAACCUCGGUGAAUACUCUGAGGAUCAAACAUUCAAUAACAAACUUCUAAGUGGCAUAGUAGGCAUACAACAAACAUUAAACAGUCUUAUAAUAAAAUUUGAAAACCAAAAUGAAGAAAUACAUGGUAUUAAAAAUGACAUAUACGCCAAAGAUGGCAUUGAAGACAGACUUCAAGCUGUGGCAACAGAAACUGAAGACCAAACAACUAUGAUAGCCGAAGUCAGAAAUCAAAAUACAAAACUGACAACGGAAUUAAAUCUAAUGAAGUCAUACGUGGUACAUUUAGAAACUAGACUUGAUUGUCAACAAAGUCAAAUAGCAAAUCUGGUUGAACGCAGCAUGAGGGAAAAUGCUAUAUUUCCAGACGAUAUGCGUGAAAACAGAAAAAGAUUAGUACAAAAACAAAAGGAGUACAAAGAAGUAGAUGUAGGCACUAAAAUAAAAGGAAACAGUUUAUUCUUCAUCAAAAGUGGAUCUAAAUAUGUGGAAAAAGUGUCAACACCAAAAGCUUUAGCUAUUUUUGAUGCCAGUAACAAGUCUAAAUUUGGUACAUUUGAGCAAACUAGUUCUAAUGAAGUUAGUGACAAUGGUCAUACUUAUUGUGUCACAGCUACUGUCACCACAACAUACGCAGAAGUUCGUGAAGCUGCCCGACAAAUAAUGCAGGGCCCAGUAUCUGCAUGUACAUACAACACAUUGGUAUAUCGGUUUACAGACAAAGACGGACAUACACACGACGGGUACGAUGACGACAGAGACUACGGAAUUGGAUCAAGGAUACUUGACUAUUUAAAAGAAAUAGAUGCACACAACAUAACUAUCAUUUCCUCACGUACACCUCCAUCUGGUACAGCAAAGAUAGGUUCAAGAAAAAACAAUAUUAUCUUGGAGGGAGUAAAAUCGGUUCUCCGCAAAAUGUAA